CCCACAAUGCAGCGCAUGGCGCGUCAUUGAAGAGAGACCAUGAUGGCGGCUGCGGGAGCACCAGAAGUAAUUGCACAGCUGGAGAGCGCUGCCAAAGUUUUAAUGGCACCACCAUCUAUGGUCAGUAAUGAACAGCGCCAGCAUGCAGAGCACAUAUUCCUUUCCUUUAGAAAAUCUAAAUCUCCAUUUGCCAUUUGCAAGCACAUUUUAGAAACUAGCAAAGUGGACUAUGUACUGUUCCAGGCAGCAACUGCAAUAAUGGAAGCUGUAGUUCGAGAGUGGAUUCUUUUAGAGAAAAGCAGCAUUGAAUCACUGCGAACAUUCCUUUUAACCUAUGUCUUACAAAGACCCAAUCUUCAGAAAUAUGUGAGAGAACAGAUAUUGCUUGCAGUUGCUGUAAUUGUGAAGCGUGGCUCAUUGGAUAAAUCCAUUGACUGCAAGGGUAUUUUCCAUGAAGUCAGUCAUUUAAUAAGCAGUGGAAAUCCAACUGUGCAGACAUUGGCGUGUUCCAUUCUUACAGCCCUGUUAAGCGAAUUUUCCAGCUCCAGCAAAACAAGUAAUAUUGGACUAAGUAUGGAAUUCCAUGGUAAUUGUAAAAGAGUUUUUCAAAAGACCUUUCGACAGAUCUUGUUCUUACAGUGUGAAGUUCUUCAGGAAUUCAGUCGCAGAGAAAACCUUAAUGCUCAGAUGUCUUCUGUUUUCCAGCGAUUAUCUUGCACUAGCAAUCAGGUUCUGAGUUGGAACUUCUUACCACCUAACUUGGGUCGACAUUAUAUAGCUAUGUUUGAAUCCUCUCAAAAUGUGAUGCUGAAGCCAACUGAGUCCUGGCGUGAGACGCUCUUGGACAGCAGAGUUAUGGAACUUUUUUUUACAGUGCAUCGCAAAAUCCGUGAAGACUCUGAUAUGGCGCAGGACUCCCUCCAGUGCCUGGCACAGUUAGCUUCUUUGCAUGGUUCUAUAUUCCCAGAUGAGAAUGCCCAGGUUAACUACCUUGCUCGUCUAGUUGAAGGACUGCUCAGUAUGAUAAAUGGGAUUGAAGUAGAAGAUUCGGAAGCUGUAGGAAUAUCCAAUAUUAUCAGCAAUUUAAUAACAGUGUUUCCCCGCAGUUGUUUGACUGCCAUUCCCAGUGACCUUUUCAAUUCAUUUGUAAACUGCCUCACCCACCUCACCUGUACCUUUGGACGAAGUGCUGCCUUAGAAGAAGUGCUUGAUAAAGAUGACAUGGUGUAUAUGGAAGCGUAUGACAAGCUCCUUGAAUCCUGGCUGACACUUGUGCAGGAUGACAAGCAUUUUCAUAAAGGCUUCUUUGUCCAACAUGCAGUACAGGUUUUCAAUUCAUAUAUUCAUUGCCAUCUUGCUGCUCCUGAGGGCACCCGGAACUUGACUGCUAAUGGAGUAGCAUCUCGAGAAGAAGAAGAAAUAAAUGAACUACAAGAAGAUGACAGAGAAUUGUUUUCUGACCAGCUGGCUAGUAUUGGCAUGUUAGGGAGGAUAGCUGCUGACUACUGUAUUCCCCUCCUUACAAGUUUAUUGGAAGACAGAGUUACAAGGCUUCACGGUCAGUUGCAACGGCAUCAGCAACACUUGUUGGCUUCUCCAGCAUCUGGAUCGGUUGACAAUAAAGUACUGGAUGACCUGUAUGAAGAUAUUCACUGGCUUAUUCUAGUUACAGGCUACCUCUUGGCUGAUGAUACUCAGGGUGAGACUCCUCUCAUACCUCCAGAGAUAAUGGAAUAUUCAAUUCAGCACUCAACAGAAGUGGAUAUUAACACAACACUUCAGAUACUUGGCUCUCCUGGGGAGAAGGCCUCUUCAAUUCCAGGAUGUAACAGGACAGAUUCUGCUAUUAGGUUACUGUCUGCUGUUUUGAGAACAUCAGAAGUGGAGUCCCGGGCAACAAGAGCAAAUCUGACAGACUUACUAAGUCCACAGAUGGGCAAAGAUAUUGUUUGGUUCCUGAAAAGAUGGGCUAAAACAUACUUACUAGUAGAUGAAAAACUGUAUAACCAGGUAAGCCUGCCCUUUAAUACUGCAUUUGGAGCUGAUACUGAAGGAGCACAAUGGAUUGUGGGAUAUCUAUUGGAGAAGGUCAUUAGCAACUUAUCGGUGUGGAGCUCAGAACCAGACUUGUCACAUGAUACUGUGGAGCUACUUGUUACUUUAGUUGAGCGCAGGGAACGAGCAAAUAUUGUAAUCCAGUGUGAAAACUGGUGGAAUUUGGCUAAGCAGUUUGCCAGCAGAAGCCCACCAUUACAGUUCCUUUCUAGCUCUGUGCAAAGAACCCUGAUGAAAGCUCUUGUUUUAGGUGGGUUUGCACAUAUGGACACAGAAACAAAACAGCAGUACUGGACUGAAGUACUUCAGCCUCUCCAGCAGAGGUUUUUGAAUGUAAUAAACCAGGAGAAUUUCCAACAAAUAUGUCAAGAGGAAGAAGUCAAGCAGGAAAUUAUUGCCACACUUGAGGCUCUCUGUGGAAUUGCAGAGGCUACCCAGAUUGACAAUGUAGUGAUAUUAUUUAAUUUCUUAAUGGAUUUUUUAAAUAACUGCAUUGGCCUGAUGGAAAUAUACAAAAACACACCAGAGACUGUAAACCUAAUCAUAGAAGUGUUUGUUGAAGUUGCACAUAAGCAAAUCUGCUAUUUAGGAGAGUCUAAAUCAAUGAAGCUGUAUGAAGCUUGCCUAACAUUACUGCAGGUAUAUUCAAAAAACAACCUUGGUAGAAAACGUGUUGAUGUGACAGCAGAGGAAGACCAGUACCAGGACCUUCUUCUUAUUAUGGAGUUGUUGACCAAUCUGCUUUCCAAAGAAUUUAUUGAUUUUAGUGAUACAGAUGAAGUAUUUAGAGUGCAAGAGCCAGGUCAAGCUGCCAAUCGGACAGUAUCUGCUGCAGAUGUUGUGCUUUAUGGUGUCAAUAUUGUGCUGCCACUUAUGUCCCAAGAUCUCCUUAAGUUUCCUUCCUUAUGUAACCAGUACUACAAACUUAUUACUUUCAUCUGUGAGAUCUUCCCAGAGAAGAUUCCUCAGCUUCCAGAGGAUUUGUUCAAGAGCCUUAUGUAUUCGUUGGAGCUCGGCAUGACGUCAAUGAGCUCUGAUAUCAGUCAGCUUUGUUUAGAAGCGUUAACUCCCCUAGCAGAGCAGUGUGCAAAAACACAAGAGACAGAGUCCCCUCUUUUUAUUGCGACACGUCACUUUCUUAAGCUUGUUUUUGAUAUGCUAGUGUUGCAGAAACACAACACAGAAGUAACAGUAGCAUCAGGUGAAGCACUGUACACCUUAGUCUGUUUGCAUCAGGCCGAGUACUCCGAACUGGUAGAAACCCUGUUGUCAACUCAGCAAGAUCCAGUGAUUUAUCAAAGAUUAGCUGAUGCCUUCAAUAAACUGACAGCAAGCAGCACUCCUCCUUCAUUGGAUCGGAAGCAGAAGCUUGCUUUCUUGAAGAGCCUCGAAGAGUUUGUGGCAAAUGUUGGGGGCCUAUUAUGUGUGAAAUAGCAGCUACUGAGCUGAUUGUUGGAGAAGAUAAAUAUUGCACUGCAGAAAAUGACUCAGUAAAGCCGACUGAAUUCUGUGUAACACAUGCAGGCAGUGGCAAAGUAGCUUUGGUUUACAUAGCUUCAGGAGUGACAUGGUUAAAAUGGAAUGAUGGAUUGAGAAGAAGCAAAUUGCCACAUUUUUAUUUUUGAUAAAAUCAGACAUAGAUUAACAUGAAGUGAUAUAAAUUCUGAACAUGUGCAUGUGAUUUGGCACAGUGAAGAAUCCUUGGAAGAGUGCCUUUAUUUUUGGAACCAGCCAUAUAAGUGGCCUGAUGAGUCUUGUCUUAAGAAGAUGAUCCACCAGUUUUGCUCUCUCAGGUCUGAAGUGGCAUUUCAAUAGAUACCCGAGUGUAUCUGCUGGCUCUAAUAAGCUUUACUGUUUUCAUCUCACUUAAGGGUCUUUGUGUGACCUUAUCACCAAAACAAUAUAUGCUCACUAUUAGUCUAAAUAUGUUAAAAGAAAGAAAAUGAAUAAUAAUCAAAUGUUUUGUGUAAAUAUAUAAAUAUAUAUAUACGGUAUAUAUAUAUAUAUAUAUAUAUAUAUAUAUAUGUGUAUAAAGAAACAAAAAUAGGUUUUGUAGUUUUGUGCAAUACUGCUGUCAGCAAAACAUUUUUUUUUCCAUUUUCUUGGUCUGUUUAGGAAUGGAUUGUUUUUGCUUCCUGAACAGAGGUCACUAAGGGUUUGAGGCCUUAAUUUUACAAAUUUUUACUGUUACUGACAGCAAAGCGGCAUAGGUUUUUUUUUUUUUUUUUCCCAAGAAGUUAAAAGUACUACAGUUGCUCAAAUCUCCUCUUGGAUUUAAAGAGAGAGCCAAGCAGAGGCAUCGAGAGUGAAGGUGGGGAUUUUUUUUCCCCCAAGGUGGGAUUGGUAUAUAUAUAUAUUUUUUUAUUUAAUUUUUUUUAUAUAUUAUGCCCCUAAAAGUGUCUGAAUUCCUCAUUGCUUUAGCAAUAAAUGUAAAUUGGGAUUGGUAAUUUUGAGUAGAUACCAAUCUUUAGUUGGGGCAUUUAAAAAAAGAAAGAAAAACAUUUUUUUUUAAGAAUAAUCUUGUUAAAGUUACUUUAAAAGAAACUGUAAAAGUGUACAUAAUCUUUUUAUCUCUACUCUGGAGUGCUAUUUUUGUGUUAGUUCUGCCAUAUUGUGCCAUUUUACGUGGAUUUUGCAUCCUGGCACGUAUUUGACGCUGUGUAAUUAUGCGUGCAUGGUUGAAGCAGAAAGAAAGCGUUUUCAGUUGUUGAAAAUCACUGUAAGAUAUCUGUGAAACACAGGGCAUAAAGAAGUUGUACAUUUAAAAGAGGAAACGUAAACAAUAUUGUCUAAUCUAGUCUGAAUGUAUGUGAGAAAAUCCGCUGUACUGAAAAGGAUAUUUUAUAUCUGAAAUUGCAUUUAAACAGAAUCUGUUUUAAGGUUUUAAAAUCAACAUCUGUAAAUAAUAUUUUGUGACCCAAUUGUACCCAUUUGAGACAUUUUUCAUAAACUAACAAGCAUUUAUUUAAUUUUUUCCUAAUUGUACCUCACUCCUUUUCCAAAUUUUAGAUUCUGUUCAGAUUAUGGUUUGCAUUUUGUAAGGUGCAGGCUACAGGGUCAAGCUGUUCUACAUAUAUAUUCACGUGGCCACUAUGGACUUGUGGCUCCAGUAACAGCCAAGAGUGCGCCUACACAUUCGUUGUUAAUCCCCAGGGCCCUCAGUGUAGGUUACCCAGUCUACAUAUGAAAAAAAAAGUCCAAUGUAUGCAGUCGUUGGAAAGAUUUUCACUGGCCAUUAUUGUUACCAGACAGAUGUCACAUCCUCCUUGUUGACUGACAUUCUGCUGUGGUGUUAAAUACAAAUGAAGAUUGUGGGCCGCCACAUCUACAGCGGUUUGGGAAAGUGUUUUAUUGUUAGGAAUCUGCUGUGCUAGUCACAAAUGGCAAAUGAGGCACCAAGGUGAGGGGUCAAAAGGGUGCAGCUUUUCAGUAAAGACAGAAAAUACUCAGAGUACCAACGGAUGAAAUUAUAGUGUUUGAAAAUAAAAAAAGAAAGAUGUGGAUAUGUAGACUACUGUACAUCAAAACGUCUAUUCUGCAUAAUGCUAAAAUGAGAGGAGAGUCUGCCAUUCGUACUGAUGUACAAAUACUGCACUAUAGUAACAUAAAAAUGGAUAUGCAUGGGGGGAUGAUAAUAAAUGAUUAACAGAUUUAUAUUCAAAGUAGAGAGACAGCAGACAGUGCUUUUCGUGUUUUUACUCGGCCUUAACCACUGCAGGGUGCUGGAUUUGUGUUAUUUACAUAAGGAAUAUGGGACAAAAACGAAUACUGUUUAAUGGACAGUUGAUGCCUAAAAGAAAUCUGUACUGUCAUCACAUGAUUGUUUUUGUGUUAUUUUUAAAGCUAUUGGAUAUGGUACUAAUUUAACUAGAGAUGUUACUUUAAACAUCGAAGGACAAGCUUCAUUGUUAUAAGGUUUGGCUUAUGUUUCAGUAGCAAAAAGUCCUCCUUCAGCAAGUAGCAGUCUGUGAAAUAUUGAGUUGAAUGUAAUAAACACGACACACCAUUUUGUAGCCUUAAGUGACUACCUGGUGUAGUGCUGGAGAUUGCACAUAAUUCCGAGUGUAAUCCAUUUGUGCAGUGUCAUAAUAGUAAUGUCCAUCCAUUAUUAAGCUAUACUUUACUGCUGGAUACUUGAUCUCUGCCCAUAAAAUAACUUUAUUAUUCCAUCAGUGAUGCAUUAUUUUAUUUUAUUUUUUUUUUGUAACAAGAAAGUCAGCAGUCUACCUAUUUAAUUGUGUAUUUAAACUUGUUGCAUAUUAAUACACGUUUCAUACCUCAACUGCUUUUCAUACUUUAAGUUGUUACUGUAUAAAGAUUGUGUUGUCUCAAGCGUAUGAGCGGCACAGUUGAGUAAGAGCUCGUGUUUGAUCGCUCGAACGAGCAGAGCGGCUGCCAAGAGUACGCUGAAGGACAAGAUGCUCAAUACAACAAGGCAAUUGUUUUGUUCUACAACUGUAGGAUAUUCCUCUGGAAAAUGAACUGCAGAUAAGCAAAAGUCAGUUUAUUUCUUCCAUACAGUCCACAAGUUGCAUUGUAACUUGGAAAUCAUUGUAAUCCAAUCAUUUCAAAGACAACUUGUCUAAAUUGUGAUGUUGUCUUUGAAUGUAUUUGCUUGGUAAAGUCAAUGAUUGGAUUAGAAAGUGCAAUGUGUCUGAGCCAUGACACUUCAGUUCACUAUCCCUCAUCUCCGAAAGACUAAUGCAGUUUUAUCAGGCAGUAUAUUAUAUUACAGUACAAUCAUACUGGUGUGCUGCUCUUUUUAGAUACUUCACUCUGAUUCUGUUUAAAAGGUUAUUUUAAAUAAAAAAGGAAAGGUUUUUAAAUUUGAAAACUCUGCUUUUUUUUUUUUUUUUUGUCGGUUGCAUCUUAGUUUUUGAGAGGAAUGCAUAUUUGUGAUUUUGUUUUGUAAUUUUUGUUUAAAUGUCUUUUUUUACAUUAAUUUCAUACUACUACCUUUUUUAACAUUGUGUGUGUAUGCUCAUCAUGUCAUUUUUCCAUACGCAGAAGAGCACUGAUCUAUUAUUGUGUGUUACCUUUGUGCGGAUGUGUCUUGACUGAUUCUGUAGAGGUUUUAACAGACCAAUUUUAUUUACACCAAUUCUUUACUUUGUACGUGCAAAUUUUGAAAGUAUGUUUUUAAUACAUAUAGCACUCCUGAAAGGACAGUAAUAAUCUGUCAAAAAGCAACAUUCCUGGUUGGACUGUUCUUAUCAGACUGUUGCAUGAUUCCACUGUGGCAGUUAACUGUACAUUAUGCCAUAAAGUUUGAAAAGAUUCA